GCUCUGCAUCCAGCUUGAACCCUUUAAAAUCUCGUAGAUUCCUCCACAUUUCAAAUGCCGGUCCGUCCGAUAUUGAAUGUAAGAGCCAUAAUUCAUGUUGAGAAUUUAUUAUUUUCAUAUUUUUUAUUAUGUAAUUUUGGUACAAUAAUAUUAGUAAAUAAGUCAGUUCCUGUUGUGUGUAUUAUAUUUACCUGGUUUAUAUUUGUUCCUACUGCGCAUGUGCAGUUACGUCAUUUUUGUAGUUCACUAAAAGAGUUGUCGACGCACAUGCUAUACGUGCUCAUAAUUAGUGGAAGAACACAAGCUUUUGACCGUCUCACUAUCGCCUCAUUAUUUUAUAAUAGCAUAUUUAAGUUUAUAGAUCUCUUCAAAUAAGUUGUUGAGAAAACAUCGUUGGAUUAUGCUGUAUUUGCAAAUGUGAGUCUUUAUUGAAAUUUGGAAGAAGAAUAAAUCACUUUAAAGGAAUAAGGACUUUGAGUGAUAUAUACAAGAAAGCAAGAUACGCGUCAAAACUGGUGGAAAACAAAAAAGAAUCUCACAUGUUCCUUACAUGUAAGUCAAAAGCUUUCUACGUUGUUUGAGCAAAAAGAAAUUACUGCAAGUGCGCAUUAUAGAGCACGUUAGAAGACCGUGCACGUGGAGUCAGAAGGGCUAAUUUGCCACGAAUCAUAUCAUGCAAUGUUGUGUUCAAUGAAGUUAUGACUGAAGGGAGAUCGAUCAUAUUACUGCAUGCAAGAAGUGUUGAUGAACAUCUUAAUUCAUAAGUUAACUUGCACGUGUUGAAGUUUAAUAUAAUGGCGGACGGCAAAGACGAUGAUGAAGAUGCAAUUACACAGACUCAACGCAAGAGGGCGCCAACCGUCAAGGGUUUGGAAGAGAAACUCCACUUAAAGAUAAAUGCCAGAAGAAGCAAGUUGAGACAAUUAACUGCAAAAUCAAAUGAGAUUGAACUGCUCAUGGAGAAUGCUUGCAAUUUACUUGAUGUGGAAAAUAUACAGUUUAAAGUUUACAAACAGCUGUUUGAAGAAUUUGUUGAAAUUAAUGGAUCAGUGUUGCUGUAUUUAGUUGAUGAAGAGCAUGAUGCAGAUCAGAAUUUUUGGUUUCAACCCAAAUUAUUAUGCUGCAAAAAUUUCAUGGAAAAAGUGGACUUGUGGAUUAAAGAAACCAAGAAAAGCUUAAAGAUGUCUCAAACUUGUGACAAUGAAGUCACAGCUAUGGACAGUAUUUCAAUGGUGUCUUGCAAGUCAAACACUUCUAAUAAGUCAGGAAGUAAAGCAACUUCUGUUUCCAAAAAAUCCUCAAUAUCUAACGCAUCCACAGCUCGUCUUAAGGAAGAAGCUAACAGAGCAGCUUUGCUGGCUAAAGCAGCCACUUUGAAGGAAAGGCAGGAGUUGGAACUGAAAGAGGCAAAGUUAAAGGCUGAAAUGGAAAAGUUGGAAAUAGAAACAGCUCUUGCAAUGUCUUCAGCUAAAAUUAAAGUGUAUCAAGAUUGUGAAGAUCAGCAAUCGUAUGCAGGUCAAAAUGAGGCUGCCCAAGCAGCUACUGUAUGCAUUCCAAAACUGGAGCAAUAUGAAUGUGACAAAUACAGUGUAUCAUCAAAACAUGUCAAAAAGUCACCGCAUCAGGAGGUAACAUACCCAAGUGUGCCUGUAAGUGUCAGACCUAAGCAAACAAAUACUUCUAAGGAAAAGUCAGCAGCAGUAAAUGAAGUAUAUGGCCGUAAUGAUGAAACAUCAGAACUUCAAAGAGUGAUGCAACGUCAGACAGAUAUCACAGCAAUGUUAGUGAAGAACCAACAGAUGUCCUGUUUACCCCAACGUGAUGUUCCUUUGUUUCAUGGAGAUCCACUUGAGUUCAGGUCUUUUAUGAAAGCGUUCAAACAUGCUGUCGACUCCAAAGCUGACAGCAGUGCUGACAAACUGUACUUCCUGGAGCAGUAUACUAGAGGUGAGCCCAGAGAUCUUGUAAAAAGUUGUCAGCAUAUGCCAGAUGACCGUGGUUACACAGAAGCAAUGAAACUUUUGCAUGAGAAGUUUGGAAAUGAACUACAAAUUGCAACAGCCUUAAUGCAAAAAACAUUAAAAUGGCCUGAAAUAAAGUCAGAGGAUGGAAAGUCUUUAAGUGCAUUUUCAUUGUUCUUAAUCACUUGUCGCAAUGUAAUGGAGGACAUCGAAUAUAUGGAUGAGUUGGAUAAUCCUACCAACAUGAGGAUUAUUAUCUCAAAGCUACCUUACAAGUUGCGCGAAAGAUGGAGAGCAUAUGCUUACGAGUAUGAGGAGCACAACAGAAGAAGAGCCAAGUUCAUUCAGCUGGUGGAGUUUGUUGACCGACAAGCAAAGGUAAUAUCAAACCCACUUUUUGGAGAUCUGGAUGCUUUGGCAGGUGAUAAAAAACACACCAACAAGUUUCUUCAAGGAACCAAGCAAAAAAGAGAAGGAAAAAAGAGCAGCAGUUUUGUAACUGACAUCAAACAGGUUGGUGAAACUCAAAAGGACACGACUGCGAUAAAAACCAACAGCACAUUAGUCAUCAGUGCUUUCACAAAACCUUGUGCUUUCUGUGAGAAAAACCAUACCUUGGAACAAUGUUACCAGUUUGGUGCUAAAGCAUAUGAAGACAAACUGGACUUUUUAAGAAAGAGUGGAUUUUGCUUUGGAUGCUUAGUUAAAGGACACUUAAGCAAAGACUGUAACAGAAGAAGUACAUGUCAGCUGUGCGCAAAGAAACAUCCUAGCAUGUUACACUUAACCACACAAGACAAGAUUCCUGAGAAGGAAAUGGUUAAAGUUGAAAAAACUGAUGUUAACACUUUACCUGCCACAGUGAGUCAUGAGACAAGUGCCUGCACCGGGUCUGAAGACAAUUGUGUUCUUGCCAUAGUACCGGUCAAGAUAAAGUCCAGAAAGAGUGAUAAGUGUGUGGAAGUGUAUGCCUUUAUGGACCCAGGCAGCUCGGCCACGUUCUGUACUGAUGCACUAGCAAGACGAUUGAAUGUUCAGGGAAGAAAAGUUGACAUGAUGCUAAGCACUAUGAACUCAAAGCAACGAGUGGAAAGUUAUGUACUCACUGACUUGGAGGUGAGUGGAUUAGAAGAGAACAACUUCAUUGAGCUUCCCAAAGUGUUUACACAAAUGAGCAUACCAGUGUCAAAGGAAAACAUUCCACAACAACGUGAUGUCGACAAAUGGCCAUACCUCAGUGAAGUGAAGUUGCCUCACAUUGAUGCUGAAGUGGAAAUCCUCAUAGGAAACAAAUAGUUCAAGCUUCUAGAGCCUUGGAAAGUAAUUAACAGUAAGCAUGAUGGGCCAUAUGCAGUGAAAACAGCCCUUGGAUGGAUUUUAAACGGACCUCUUAGAGAACCUGUUGAAGAAAGCAUGCAUGGAGAUGCAC